GAGAGACUCAUGUCAUAAAAGCUCCGCUGUAUAAUGCAGCUGAGCCACCACGACCCCGGCCCCCUUCUUUAAUUAAUUUCUUCCUCCUCUUUUAACAACCACUCCUCUCUCCACUCACUCAUCUCGCCAUCACCUCCAUCUCCGCCUGAAAACAUGUCGGUUUACACCAUUAAAGCUGACGAUUCAAGACCGGCCGCCGGCGAAACGCCGUCUGCAGGUCCGGCGUACAGGUGCAUUUACGCCAAGGAUGCUCUCAUGGAGUUGCCUCCCGGUUAUGACUCACCCUGGGACUUCUUCAGCGAGUCAGUUAAGAGAAACCCAAAGAACCCUGCGCUUGGUCGUCGUCAAAUCAUCGAUGGAAAGGCCGGUGGUUAUUCAUGGCUAUCAUAUCAAGAUACCUACAAUUCUGCUAUCAAAAUUGCUUCCGCCAUCCGUACCCGAUCUGUUAAUCCAGGAGAUCGAUGCGGCAUAUAUGGAACUAACAGUCCCGAAUGGAUAAUUUCGAUGGAGGCUUGUAACUGCAAUGGCAUAACCUAUGUGCCCCUCUAUGACACACUUGGUGCUAAUGCAGUUGAGUACAUCAUCAACCAUGCAGAAAUUUCCUUAGUUUUUGUUCAAGAGAGCAAGUUGCCUGCUGUAUUAUCAUGUGUUCGAAAUUGCUCAUCAAAUCUAAAAACUAUCGUGAGCUUUGGGAAUGUCUCUGGAGCACAAAAGAAGGAAGCCAUGGAACAAGGUGUUGAUUGCUUCUCAUGGGAAGAAUUUACUUCAAUGGGAAACUUGGAUGAUGAACUCCCUGCAAAACAUAAAACUGACAUUUGCACAAUAAUGUAUACAAGUGGGACCACUGGAGAACCAAAAGGAGUCAUACUAAAUAACUCUACUUUCAUGUCUGAAGUCCUAUCUGUACAUCAACUACUUGUAGAAACAGACAAACCUGCCACAGAAGAAGAUACCUACUUCUCUUUUCUUCCAUUAGCACAUAUAUUUGAUCAGAUAAUGGAGACAUAUUGCAUCUACAGUGGUUCCUCAAUAGGGUUUUGGCAAGGAGAUAUCAGAUAUUUGAUUGAGGACCUUCUUGUGUUAAAACCAACCAUAUUUUGUGGUGUUCCACGUGUUUAUGACCGCAUUUACACUGGUAUUAUGGCCAAGAUUUCAACCGGAGGUGCUGUAAAAAAGGCAUUAUUCGACUUUGCAUACAAUUAUAAAUUGAGGAAUCUUGAAAAGGGUAUCCAACAAGACAAAUCCGCCCCUCUUCUGGACAAGCUGGUCUUCGAUAAGAUCAAACAAGGGUUUGGAGGACGUGUUCGUCUUAUGUUAUCUGGAGCUGCACCUUUACCACAACACGUUGAGGAAUUUUUAAGAGUCACAUGUUGCACUGUCCUCUCACAAGGAUACGGUCUUACCGAAAGUUGUGGUGGAUGUUUUACAUCCAUAGCAAAUGUGCAUUCCAUGAUCGGAACAGUUGGUGUCCCAAUGACAACAAUUGAAGCAAGGCUAGAGUCGGUGCCAGAAAUGGGAUAUGACGCUCUUGCCCCUGUGCCACGUGGCGAAAUUUGUUUGAGGGGAAACACUUUAUUUUCAGGGUACCAUAAGCGAGAGGAUCUUACCAACUCUGUCCUUGUGGACGGCUGGUUCCAUACUGGUGACAUUGGGGAAUGGCAGCCUGAUGGCGCAAUGAAAGUUAUCGACAGGAAAAAAAAUAUAUUUAAGUUGUCACAAGGGGAAUAUGUUGCAGUUGAAAACAUUGAAAGCACGUAUUCACGCUGCCCCUUGGUAACCUCGAUUUGGGUGUACGGAAAUAGUUUUGAAUCUUUUCUAGUUGGUGUUGUGGUGCCGGAUAGAUUGGCGAUUGAAGAAUGGGCAGAAAAGAAUGGCGAAUCAGGGGAUUUUGUGUCGUUGUGCAACAACUUGAAUGUUAGAAAAUAUGUCCUUGAUGAGCUUAAUUCUGAAGCUCAGAAAAAUAAACUUCGUGGUUUUGAGAUGCUGAAAGCGGUUCAUUUGGAGCCACUUCCGUUUGACUUUGAAAGGGAAUUGAUAACUCCCACUUUUAAACUAAAGAGGCAGCAGCUCCUAAAAUAUUAUAAGGAUUGCAUUGAUCAGCUAUAUAGUGAAGCGAAGACAUCCAAGAAAUGAAACUGAAACACGUGGGUGGAUCCAUGGCAUUCAAAGCAACGUUCGUGUCGUGUUUUGUGUAAAGUAAAUUCAUACGUUAUUUUUGAACAUGUUUGUCACGUAGAUUAUUCUCAAUAUGGUUUGUAAUAUUGUAUUAUUAAAGAUUAUAAAGGCUAUUUACAUUUUUAAGAUUCCUUAACGGUGGAUCAUAAUAUCCGCUAAGAAAAAAAAUGUAAUAUUCUAGCC